AUGAAUUCGUCUAAGAUUGUUAUUCCUAACAACCACGGCGAGAAGCUGGUGGGUGUACUACACGAAACCGGGUCAAGAGAAGUUGUGGUCAUGUGUCACGGAUGUCGAUCGAACAAGAACACACCAGUCAUCGAGAAGUUGGCUUCUGCUAUAGAGAAAGAAGGGAUCAGCGCUUUCCGUUUUGAUUUCUCGGGGAAUGGAGAAAGCGACGGCACUUUCAACUACGGUAACUACAAGCAGGAAGCAGAUGGGGAUCUACGUUCUGUCAUCCAAUACUUCCACAACACAAACCGUGUGGUUCCUAUCAUUCUAGGGCACAGCAAAGGAGGCAAUGCGGUCCUCCGCUAUGCUUCCAUGUUUCAUGAUAGUAUCCGCGGUGUAAUCAACCUAUCAGGAUGCUAUGAUCUUGAAAGAUGCCAUCAUCUCGAUGAUCCUGAAUUUGUGGAGAAGCUUAAGCGACAAGGUUUCGUCAAUGUUAAAGUUAAAAACUCGUCGAGGAAGUACCGUAUCACUCAAGAAAGCUUAGAUGAGCGAUUCAGCAUUGACAUGAAUCAAACCUGCCUCAGGAUUAGCAAAGGAUGCAAAGUCUUGACGGUCCAUGGAUCGGAUGACGAUGCGGUACCAGUGGAAGAGGCCAAGGAGUUUGCAAAGAUCAUACCAAACCACAAGCUGGAAAUUUUGCAAGGAGCUGAUCAUAGUUUUAGCCAGCAUCGAAGUCUAUUGGCGUCAACAGUUAUCGAAUUCAUAAAGUCGAUUCACAUUUUGACUUUUUCCUAUUUCCCGGUGUGCUCAGAUCCGAUUCCUCGCCGCGAAAUUCGCCGGUGCACCAUUCUUCUUGGCAUCAUCUUUGAUUCCGAUCGGCUUUCCUGUAACAUGAAUCGGAUGAUCGUAGGUGCUAGUAACGGUGGACUGAUACUUGAACUAUUGAAAGAAUAA